AUGUCGAUUAAGUUAGACUAUUCUACGUUGGAGGAACGUUAUUCAAAGUUUCUAUCAAAAAGAUGCAAGGAUAGAACAUUUGCUCAGUUUUGGGAUAAUGAUGGCGAUGUUCCUGAUGAUUUGAUUGAAUUGACAGCCGGUAUGCCAAAUCCAAAAUUAUUCCCAAUCAAUUCUAUCGAUCUCCAUAUCUCAGACAAACCUCAAUUAGGUGAUGAAACCUUAAAGAAGGUUUCGAUGUCUUUGAACUCACCAGCUGAAUUACCAAUGGCUCGUACUUUCCAAUAUUCUGAGACUGUUGGUUUACCUCCUCUGAUUAAUUUCUCAAGAAAUAUAAUCAAGAAGGCUAACAACCCUGCUUAUGAUAAUUGGGAUGUUAUUCUUGGUAACGGUUCAAGUGACUCGAUGUUUAAGUUAUUUGAAACUAUUUGUGAUGAAAAUACUACCGUCAUGAUGGAAGAAUUUACCUUCUCUCCAGUUAUUUAUAAUAUUAAGGCCACUGGUGCGGCUCAUAUUCCAAUUAAGAUGGAAUUAAGUGAAAAUCCAGAGAAGCAAGGUAUUGAUGUAGACUAUAUGCAAACUUUAUUGGAAAACUGGGAUUCUAGCGAACAUAAACAUUUGCCAAAACCAACAGUUCUUUACACGAUUGCCACUGGUCAAAAUCCAACAGGUAUGACUUUAUCUAUGGAGAAGAGAAGAAAAAUUUAUAAGAUAUGUCAAAAACAUGAUAUUAUUAUUGUUGAAGAUGAUCCAUAUGGAUAUUUAUACCUACCAAAAUAUGAUAAGUCUAAACCAGAUAAGAAUCCGUAUCUUGAUGAUGAAAAUUUAACCGUUGACAAAUACAUCAAUGACUAUUUGGUUAAAUCAUUUAUGACAAUAGACACCGAUGCUCGUGUUGUUAGAUUAGAAACUUUCUCUAAAGUUUAUGCCCCAGGUUUAAGGUUGAGUUUUAUGGCAGCUAAUAAAUUUAUCAUCGAUAAAGUUUUGACUUAUACUGAAAUCACAACUAGAGCUCCAAGUGGUACUUCACAAGCAAUCUUAUACACAACCAUUAAGGAAUUAGCUAAGCCAUAUGAAGAUAAAUUCGAAAAUGUGGAUUAUGCUCAGUUAGAAGGUUGGUUCCAUUGGAUCAUGAAAGUUGCUGCUGAGUACACACAUAGAAGAAACGUUAUGUUUAAAGCCUUGUAUGGAACUGAAGCAUUUAAAAAGGGUUAUCUAGAAGUUUUAGAGCCAUCUGCUGGUAUGUUCAUUAACGUCAAGGUUAACCUAGAUGGUAUUAAGAAAACAGAAGGUAAGGAUGUCAUUACAGUGAUGAAUGAAUUGAACAGAAGCUUCUUAUCAUCGGGAGUCAAGGUUAUUCUUGGUUAUAAAAUGGCUGUUGAUAAAGAAUUCUCUAAGGACAAUGCUAAUUUCAUUAGAAUUACUGUUGCAUUUGCGGAGAAUGAUGAAAUAUUGGACAAAGCAUCGAAGAGAAUUGGUGAUGGUAUUAUGAAAUAUAUCGAAAAUUAA